AUGGAUCCUUGGGCGGUGAUGAUGAUGAAUGAACCUUUCCUACAAAUUUGUGACCCCAUCUCCAUUCGGCUGGAUCUUCUUUUUCACCCAUUGUCAUUAUUUUAUCUGUUUCUAUUUUCCAACUGCAGUCCUUGGGAGGCACGGACUGGCCAGCCGAUAUGGGAUCAAGCGGGCUUGAGAACUGGCUUGACCUUCGGCGUGGAUUUUCGCGACCUCCGCUCCGACAGCUAUCUAUCCAUCCCCAGGCCGUUGGUUACUUGGUCAGGCAAUCCAAUCAUGCGCGAUAGCAUCUACUAG